CUGCAAGGCCAGAGGAAAGCUCUGAUCAUGUGUAGUUGAUGCUGUCUGUUAAUGGCAUGCGAUAUGUCUCCUCCAGGCUCACUGCGUUCCUCCAGGGAGAGAGGACAGGAGAAUGUAUUGGUGAUGACUGAUAUUGUGUUUCUCCUCCAGGCUCAGACUGCGUUCCUCCAGGGAGAGAGGAAAGGACAGGAGAAUGUAUUGGUGAUGACUGAUAUUGUGUUUCUCCUCCAGGCUCAGACGGCGUUCCUCCAGGGAGAGAGGAAAGGACAGGAGAACCUGAAGAAGGACCUGGUUAGGAGGAUCAAGAUGCUGGAAUACGUUCUCAAACAGGAGAGGGCCAAGUACCACAAGUUAAAAUAUGGAACAGAGUUGAACCAAGGAGACAUGAAACCUCCCAGCUAUGAGUCUACAAAAUACCUUUUCUCCCCAGAUGAGGUGAAUGAGAAUGAGGCCCCUGGCUCUCUGAACAACCAGUUGUCCUGGAAACAAGGUCGUCAGCUCCUCCAGACAGUAUCUUCAGGAGGUGGGUUACACCGACACCAUCCUGGAUGUGAAGGCUCAGAGGGUGCAAACCCUGCUGGCUAUGGCUGGAGCCGGAGGGGUCGACCCGGGGAGAGGACCGGGCCAGAGACCCCUCUGGUCAACGGGACAGACACCGUACCUAAAGGCACCGACACUGGAGGAGGGAAGACUGAGGUGUCUGAGUCCAGUGUUGUGCCGGACACCUUCAGGUUCUACUGUGAUGAAGACGAUGAUGAAGAUGGUGCAGGGUUGGAUCGGACUGUCAUGGAACAGACAGGACCGACGGGGACCAUGGUGAGGAAGAAGCCACCAUCGUCAUCAUCACCGACCCUCAAUAUGGACACUAGUGAGGACCCGGACGCAGAGGACGCACUGAAAGGCUUCGACUUCCUGUCCAGCCCUGACAACAUGGACACAUCGCCUGAGUCCCGCAGCUGGGGACGGGACGGACUGGGAGAAGGAGGAGCAGUCUGCUAUGUCAGAGGCGUGGGACGUGGACCAGGGUUUGAUAACCAAACUCAAGGAGGAGUACAGGAAGGAGCGCAAGGGGAAGAAGGGGGGAAAGAGACCUAACCGGUCUAAGCUCCAGGACAUGCUGGCCAACCUGAGGGACCAAGAGGACAUGAGUCCCAGAGAACCCUCCUCUUCCACCCAGGCCCGCUCCAACGCACCCAGGCUCAACGAGCAGCACCAGGACAACCGCUCGGACGAAGGUACACACCUGUUUGUGUC